AGGCACCAGCGGAGUUCGCCAGCCUCCGGGGCCCGGCAGCACCCGCCUCUACGAUGUACGAAAUGGGGCUGGUCUCCCCAGAGUUGUCCAGCCAGGAGCCGUACUAUGGGGAGAUGCCGGACGCCUAUUGCCAGGACGACCGGUGGCAGCGGCUGCGCACGGCCGUCCGGAAGCUGGAAUUCUGGGAGAAUUUCGACGCCGAAUUGAUAGGCAGCGGCUUCUUCUCCAAAGUCUUCAAGGUUGCUCAAAGCGCUGGCGGCAAAGCGAUGGUGGUGAAAAUCUACAAGAAUGAUGCUGACCAGGAGGGGAUUGUGCGGGAGAUCAGUUUGCUGCAGAAGCUCUCCCAUCCCAACAUUGUCAGGUAUCUUGGGAUCUGCGUGAAGGAUGACAAGUUAUACCCAAUUCUGGAGUACGUGAACGGGGGCUGUUUGGAGGAACUCUUGGCCUGCAAAGACAUCUCCCUCAGCUGGAAGGAGAAAGUAGUCCUGGCUUCAGACAUCAGCCGAGGGAUGGUCUAUCUACACACCAAGAACAUCUACCACAGGGAUCUCAACUCCAAGAAUUGCCUCAUUCGAGUGACGCAGCGGGGGCGGGAGGCGUUGGUGACGGAUUUCGGCCUGGCCAAGGAAGUGGUGGAGCUCUCCGCAAAGGACCCCGAGAGGAAGCUGUCUCUUGUGGGGUCCGCCUUCUGGAUGGCCCCUGAGAUGUUGCGGGGGGAACCUUAUGACAGGAAGGUCGACGUCUUCUCCUUCGGCAUCGUCUUGUGCGAGAUCCUGGGACGCAUCCCCGCUGACCCCGAGGUGCUACCCCGGACCCAGGAUUAUGGCCUGGAUGUGGCCGCUUUCCAAGACAUGAUCGACGAAUGUCCCAAGACUGUUUUAGAUCUGGCUGCCAGCUGUUGUCGAGUGGAAGCAUUCAAGCGCCCGUCAUUCUCGGAGCUCCUGGAAGAACUGGAAGACACGGCCGAGAGGCUGGAGGGCACGGCGGAGCACCAGUCGCCCGGCUGAAGGCCUCCGUGGGGCCGGGACUGUAAAUGCACCAGUAUAUCUCAAGAGCAGGAGGCCCCCAGGCAAACGAUUACAAGGGUGCCUUGCCCUGAUCACCCAUCACGGACGAACUUCUGGCUUGUAUUGUGGCGCAGGGCGGGGCGGGGAGCAUCUCACUCUCACCCAGCCGGUCCGCAGCAAACUCUCUU